CGGUCUUCUUCCUUAGCUUUACCUCGGCCUCUCGUGGCCUGGCCGUGGGGUUGGCUGGCUCCUCCAUCUCUUCUCUCCUCCCUAACACAGCCACAGUAACUCCUUCCUUUCCUUUCCUUUCCUUUCCAUCCUAAAGUUUCAAACUUUCCGUUAUUAAAUACCAUAAGUCCAUAACCUCUGCAUCUCCACAGAGUCAGUCCCCUGUUUUUUUUUUUUUUUGUCCCCUUCCCUUCAGAUUUCACUCUUCCCCCUCUCCUUACAAAAUCCUUUCUUUAUUAUGUUCAGUGUUCCCCUUUCGUCUUUUCAAAAACCCAUUGCCGCUUUUCCCCCUUCUCUCAGGUCAGCUGUUACAAAAGCUAUUCUAACCAUCCUCUGCUUCGUUCUUUCCAACCCCCCAAAACGGCUUCCCUUUUUCCUCUCCCGCUUUCAUGGUGGUUCCUUUUUUGACCCUUUUCCCCUCUCCGUGUAAGUAACCCACUUUCUUUCUGGGUUCUCUGCCUUCAUUCUCUCUUUCUCUCUGCUUCUCCUUUCCCUCUGGCUCUCCCCCUGUUCUUACAAAGGGGCAAGAACUAGGAGAGACAAAAUAAGAUGGGUAAAGCUGCUAGGUGGAUCAAGAGCUUGUUUGGGAUAAAACCAACCGCCAGUGAGGGGAAAGAGAAGCGGACAUGGAUGUGCGGCGGAUUCGGGCAUUCGGGUAGGGAUUCCGGCGAGUCGUUGUGUCGAAACCCGGCAACCACCCCGCCUAACAUUUCUCCGGCGGAAGCUGCUUGGUUGAAGUCUUAUUACUCCCAGACGGAGAAGGAGCAGAGCAAGCACGCCAUUGCGGUUGCUGCCGCCACCGCUGCGGCAGCGGAUGCUGCGGUGGCUGCUGCUCAGGCGGCCGUGGCAGUCGUCAGGCUCACUAGCCACGGAAGGGGAACGAUGUUCGGCGGUGGCAGCCACGAACGAUGGGCUGCUGUCAGGAUUCAAACCGUUUUCAGAGGUUAUUUGGCGAGGAAGGCUUUGAGAGCUUUGAAAGGAUUGGUGAAAUUACAGGCCCAUGUGAGAGGUUUUUUAGUGAGGAAACAAGCGGCGGCGACUCUUCACAGUAUGCAAGCGUUGAUCAGGGCUCAAGCCGCUGUUAGGUCUCAGAGAGUAGCUGCUCGGAAUCGAUUAGAAAUUCGAGCUCGGAAAUCAAUGGAGAGAUUUGACGAGAUGAGAAUUGAUCAUACGGCGUCAACCCACCAUAGUCGGAGGCUCUCUGCUCCGCUAGACAGCGGAGUGAUAUUUGACGGCGCCAGCAAUCUGGCUGUCGCCGACGAUACGCCGAAGAUCGUGGAGAUGGAUACAGGGAGCAGGCCCAGGUCCAGAUCUCGACGAGGUACAACUACAAACACGGGUUCCUCUGUUUCCGAUUUCGGUGAAGACCCUCCGCCGCCGAUGAUUGUGCACUACCCUCCCCGGCUGUCGAUCCCCGAUCACCGGUACUUCCACAACGACUACCCUUCUUCCGACUGGGGAUUCACCGGCGACGAGUGCAGAUUCUCCACGGCGCACAGCACUCCUCGGUUUCUGACGCCGGGGCAAGGCGGCGUUGGAGGGUGCUGCGGCGGAGACGGGGGAGUCAACGCGCCUGCGCCGUUGACCCCGGCGAAGAGCAUCUGCGGCGGGGAGAAUUUCUUCCGGUCGCCGUACGGUGGGUACUACCCAAACUACAUGGCGAACACGCAGUCAUUCAGGGCGAAAUUGAGGUCCUACAGCGCACCGAAACAGAGGCCGGAGCCGCCGGCGGGGCCGGGGACGGGGAAGAAGAGGGUUUCUUUGAACGAGUUGCUAGAAUCGAGGAGCAGUUUGAGCGGGGCGAGGAUGCAGAGGUCGUGUUCGCAAGCGCAGGACGCCAUUAAUUUCAAGAAUGCGGUGAUGGGGAAGCUUGAUCGGUCGUCGGAUUUCUUCGGUAGGGAAAAGGAGGUUUUACAGUUACAGAGGAGAUGGUAGAAAUUUGCAGAGGCACCCAAUUAAGGAGAUUUUAUUACAUAAUUGUUAAUUAGGCUUUUAAUCAUUAGAGAGGUGAUGGUAGAUUGAUUAACAAAGGAGAAAACUGUAACGGUCACCAGAUUAGUGAUUGAAUAUAGUCCUACAUAAAUAUCACCAUUAAUGUUGGAGCUGUAUCCUACAAAUCACAAAAGAAAUGCGUCGUGAGGGAGCGGUUUUUGCUAGGACAACCAACAAAUUGCCUAGGAAAGCGGCUGUCUUUAGAACCGUCAGAUCACGGAGCGAUCCAAGGGCGGCAGCGUGCCAUGUUAACGAUCUGCAUCAGGGAUCAAGAACCGUUGGUGGAGGGGGUGGUUUCUCGUCUUGGAAAACGCAAAUCGUGGUUGGCAGGAGGGUGCGGUUUUUGCUAGGACAGCCAACAAACCGCCGAGGGAAGCAGUUGUCUUUAGAACCGUCGGAUCACUGAGCAAUCCAAGUACGGACCGCGCGCCAUGUCAACGAUCUGCGUCAGGGAUCAAGAGCCGCAGGUGGAGGGGGUGGUUUCUCGUCUUGGAAAACGCAAACCGUGGCUGGAGGGAGCGAGUUUUGUGAAAUGUCAUCUGCAUUAAAAUCGUAACUCAGUUAAUACUUAAUACCAUAAAAAUCACAAAUCACAAUAAAAAGUAAUACAAAAC